AUGGCCCCCGUGCACAAAGUAGCCCUCGUGCAGCUGAACCCCAAGGCAGUAGACCCAGCUGCGAACUUCGCAAAGGCUGAAGGCUUCAUCAGAGAUGCGGCCGCCAAGGGUGCCCACCUAGCCGUGCUCCCAGAAUAUCAUCUCACAUCAUGGGUUCCAGACGACCCUGGUUUCAAGGCAUCAUGUGCAGACUGGAAGCACUAUCUUGCCAAGUAUCAAAAUCUAGCGAAAGAGCUCAGCAUCUGUAUCGUCCCCGGAACCAUUGUUGAGCUGGUGAGAGAGGGGGAGAACGAGAUACUCCGCAACAUCGCAUACUUCAUCUCCUCGGACGGCGAGAUUGCAGGACGCUAUCAAAAGAAAAAUCUUUGGCAUCCUGAGCGUCGUCACCUCGUGUCAUCUGCUCAUGAGCCCCAUGAAGCCUUCGAUACGCCACUGGGCCGAGUGGGGUUACUCAUCUGCUGGGACCUUGCAUUCACCGAGGCUUUCCGGGAACUCAUCUCGGAUGGCGCACAGCUUAUCAUUGUUCCUACGUUCUGGACGAUGAAGGACGUGACAGACGAGGGAUAUGCGUUGAACCCCGAUGGAGAGGCGCUCUUCCUCAAUAGUACGGUUAUCAGCCGGGCGUUCGAGAACACUUGUGGUGUGAUAUUCGUGAACGCCGGCGGGCCGCCUGAGAAGGAGGAGAAGACGAACUAUGCCGGGCUGAGCCAAGUCGCUCUGCCACACGUAGGAUCAGUGGGCAGAAUGGGUCGAGCCGAAGGAAUGAACAUAGUCGACCUGGAUAUGGACAUCCUCAGAGUUGCCGAAGACAAUUACAAGGUCAGAGAGGACAUGAAAAAAGAAGGCUGGCAUUACGCAUACACUCGGCUCAGAGACGAGAGUCGACUGUGA